CGCAGAGACUGAGCGAGGAACAAAAGGCACCGCGUCCUCCCCCUCCCCACCGGGGGUCUAAGGCGGCUCCGCGCAGGCAGCGCCGGGGUGACCACGGCAGCGAGCCGCCGCCCAGCCAGAGCUAUACCCGGUGCUCCCGCUCGGCAGCGUCGGCAGGAGUGAGACUGAAGAAUAAUGUAUGAAAGUUAUUGACAUCAUGACAACCAUCCGACACAGAAAGGGAAUAAAAGUCACAGAAGUUGCUGAAGAUCAUCUGUCACAAGAGAAAAACGUGAAGCCUGAUGGAAAAGUUCGAUCUGUUUACACAGGUGAAAAGCUAUGGAAGAGACUUUCACUUACAGUGGGUGGAACUGUUGCCAUAUCUCUUGGACUUCUUACUUCUGUUUACGUUGCUACUCUACAUGAAAAUGACCUGUGGUUUUCCAAUAUUAAGGAAGUAGAACGGGAAAUUUCAUUCAGGACUGAAUGUGGAUUGUAUUACUCCUAUUACAAAGAGAUGCUGCAGGCUACAUCCAUCCAACAAGGUUUACAUGGCUUAAUAUAUGACAAUAAAACUGAAUCUCUGAGGACAAUUAACAUACUUGAAAGAAUGAAUGUUUACCAGGAGGUGUUUCUCAGCAUACUGUAUAGGAUUCUUCCCAUUCAGAAGUAUUUAGAGCCUGUUUAUUUUUAUAUCUACACUUUGUUUGGACUUCAGGCACUUUAUGUCAUUGCUCUGUAUGUAACCAGUUGGCUUCUUAGUGGAACAUGGCUUUCAGGUUUGUUAGCAGCUUUCUGGUAUAUUACGAACAGAAUAGAUACCACAAGAGUAGAAUUCACCAUUCCAUUAAGAGAGAACUGGGCACUGCCAUUCUUUGCAGUUCAGAUAGCAGCAAUCACAUACCUAUUCAGAUCUCAUUUACAACCUCUUCAUGAAAAACUGACACUUCUGGCAGUGUUUAUAUCAACCUUUCUCUUUAGCCUGACUUGGCAAUUCAAUCAGUUUAUGAUGCUGAUGCAAGCAUUAGUAUUAUUCAUAUUGGACUGUCUUGACAUGCUUCCCACAGCAAAGGUUACAUGGCUCUACAUUAUACAAUUAACAGGCAUACUGCUGGUCUGUGUUCUACAGUUCUUUAAUUCCAUGAUUCUUGGAUCCCUACUUAUAAGUUUUAAUGUGUCAGUCUUGCUAGCAAGAACAGUUCAGAAAAACAUGAAAAUGGGAUGCUUGCUAAAUAGACUUGGGAAACUUUUCUUCCAUGUACUCAUGGUGUUAUGUUUGACACUUCUAGUUAAUAACUUUAUUAAGCUGUGUGUCAUUAGGUAUUUGGUACCAAUAAUCACAUUGCUGUACCUUUCCUAUAAGUUCUGUCCAGGAAUGAUGGAUGAGCUGUCAGAGCUGAGAGAAUUCUAUGAUCCAGACACAGUGGAGCUGAUGAACUGGAUUAAGUCAAACACUCCUAAGAAAGCAGUGAUUGCUGGGAGCAUGCAGCUAUUAGCAGGAGUCAAACUGUGCACUGGAAGGAUCUUAACUAAUCACCCACAUUAUGAAGACAAGAGUCUAAGGGAGAGAACAAAACAACUUUAUCAGGUAUAUGCAAAGAGAUCUCCUGAAGAUGUCUACAGCAUACUGAGAUCCUUUGGAACAAACUAUGUAAUCUUGGAGGACAGCAUAUGUUAUGAAAGACGGCAUAGCAGAGGCUGUCGGUUACGAGACCUGCUCGAUAUAGCUAAUGGUCAUGUCAUGGAUGGUCUAGGAGAGAAUGAACCUGAUCUGAAAGCUUCACUGUAUCCUCGCUUCUGCACCUGCUAUCCUUAUUUGUUUCUUGUGAAAAGCAGAACAGAGCUGACGCCUUUUGCGGAAACUAUGAAGUGCCAAAAAAAGAAAAAUUUACAAGAACAGAAAGUAAGGAGAAAAUACAAUAGGAGCAAAACACUUACCAGCUGGAAGGAAAGGAGAUACAACUAGCAGUACUAUGCUUUAAGGUAACCAUUUUAGUACUACAGCUUACUGUCUUUCCCAAAUUUAAAGGACUAACUACUAGAGGAGAGCAUGCUGGGAAAGGGUGAUCCCAAACUGGACAGUUCAUUGGUGACCAGGCAGCUAACAGACAACACUCCAGUAGUGGUUGAUGGUAGGAAAAAAGGCUAAAUUUCCUAUUCUCUGGGAGCCAGGAUUAGGGUGCAAGAAUCCCUGAGGCUUUCCUAUCUCAAGUCUGGUGCUUUAUGUAUUUGUAAUAAUUAUGUCCUCCUUUUUUGGUGGUUUGCUAUGAUAUAUGUUCAUGCAUUAAAAUCUGGAUUCCUUUUUUACAACAACCUCUGCCUCUGAUUGAAAUUCAUCACCCCAGUACAUCUUCACAAUACCAAAUGGCUAUCAUGGCAUUUCUCAUUAUUUAUGCUAAAUCAGAUGCACCUCCAUUUGCUAUAAAAACUAUUGUGCAUUUAGGGAAAUCUAUAGAUUACUAACUCAGUGACUCCUUGAAUAUAUUGCAUACUGUUCGUGACCAUAGUAAGGACUUUUGAGCAGAUUCAAUUUUUGCCAUAAUGUAUAAUUGUAAGUGCAGAGAAAACUUUAGAUCACAGAGCUGAAACAUCAUCAGAUAUGGGAUAUUUUUUUUAGGUGAGAAAAACCUUUGGGGUUCAGAAGUACAUUGCCCUUUCUGAUUUGAAUAUUCUACUGGUGAGAUCUCGUAUAUAAUUGUUUUAUAAUAUGUUGUACUGAGAUGUUAUGAAUAUUGUAUACUUAAUAAAGUUGUGUCCUUUUAGAAUCAUA